AUGAAGGUCCUCGUGGUGCUCGCCCUCGCCGUUUUCACUGCAGGUUGCAAUGCCAACCUUGUUAGGCAGAAGCAGCCGCAGCAGCAGCAGGUCGACAUGGUGAAAGAUGCUUUCUGGGACUACGUGGCCAAGGCAACCGCCACCGCAAGGGACUCCAUGAAGCUGAUCAGACAGUCAGAGCUCGGGAAGGAAGUCAACACCCUGAUCUCUGAGAGCACCGACGCCGUCAACAAGCUCACCGUGGCUCUGCGGACUCAGGUGGCCCCUCUGACCCAGGACCUCAUGACCAGGUUCACCCAGGAGGCCGAGCAGCUGAAGACCCGCCUGGAGAAAGAUCUGACCGCCGUGAGCACCAACCUGCAGCCCUACGCCCAGGAGCUGGUCGCUGACCUCCAGAAGAAGAUGGAAGAGCUGAAGAGGGACACCACCCCUUACAGCAAGAACAUGGACCCCGAGGCCCUGAAGACCGUGCUGCUGCAGAGGAGCGAGGAGCUGAAGAAGCAGCUGGACAAGAGCGUGAGCCAGCUGCAGGCCCAGAUGGUCCCCUACACCGAGGAGAUCAGGGAGAAGAUGGAGCAGAACCUGGAGGAGUUCCAGAGGAGCAUGGUCCCCCUGGCAGAGAACUUCAAGACCCAGAUGACCCAGAAGACCCAGGAGAUCCAGAAGAACCUGGCUCCGUACGGAGAGGAGCUGAGGGCCAAGCUGGACGCCGACGCUCAGACCCUGAAGAGACAGCUGACCGCUCUGUGGGAGUCCUUCAGCAAGCUGGCCCAGUAA